AUGAGCAGUGUUAAUAGCCUCAUCAUUAUUCCUAUCGUCAUUGGAAGAGAUCUACAGCUUGGCCAACACGACAAAAUAGGUUACACGUACAAAUGUUUAGGCGCUGGAAUUUGGUCGUUGAGGCAAAAUGAUUUUCGUGCCGCUAUAGAAGCAGUGGCAUAUGAGGCCGGGGACGCUGACACAAAUGGCGCAGUAGCCGGAGCGCUGUUAAGCUGCAGACUGGGUGCCAGUAAACUUCCAGAGUCUUGGCUACAUAAGAAGUGGCUAGAUGAGAAGAUUGAGAAGUGCUUGCCUCUACUUGGUCUGACUGAGUGAAGAAUAAAAACUCGCUCCUACCUAUCUGUGACAAUAUUUAGCAACAACUUUUUUUAUUUUUAUUUUUACGGUAUCAUUUACACCGCU